AUUAUUUUAGGUGUGGUAGAAGGAGAGAAACUUUGGGAUCGAAAAAUAGAGAAUUUAAAAACGCCAAUAGCAUGAGUUAGCCGUUGUGCUUCUACUUGCUAAAAAGCUCAGUAAACCAGAAAUCAACACCGACAGACCCUAGACCUACCAAAAAUCUCUCACUUAAACGAUGAAUGAUGAUUUUGGGGUUUUUUCUGAUCCAGAUGAUUCUGCUGUAGAGGACCUGAUAUCUCAAAUACAAGAUCUCUCUGUUCUGGAACAAGUGGCCGCCAUCAACUGCUCCGGCUUCACUGACUCAGUCCUGCCCGAAGAUUUAGAGUCACGAUUCCGCAGACUCAAAUCCUUUCUUGUCACUAAACAAAACCCUAAAUCCUCAAUUGAUCACUCUCUCUCUCAUUCAAAGAGUGAGUUAGGAAACCCACUGAACGCAGAUGGGAAAAUCGGGUCUCAACGUUUGUCUGAUGAGGAAGCUGGAAUUUUCUCGUAUUCCAAACAGCAGAGAGGUAAGGACGUAGAAAAGUCUUCAAUAGAAAAUGAUGUUUUCUUGUGUUCGAAUGCAAAUCUAGAUCAGGAAAAGCCUUCUAAACAGAAACCCAAACACGGGUCUGCUUCAUCUACCUCGGAUUCUUCAAACUCCUGGACUCCAACUGCAAUUUUCUCGCCAUCCGAACAGAGCCCAAAAGUGAAAAAGAAUUCAAGAUCGGAAUUGAAGUCUGGGUCGGUGCCUUCUCGAUUGGGUUCGUUGGAUUCACCUUCUUCGCCGCGAAGCACGGGGUGCUUUUGGUGCUCCCCGAAAAAAGCUUCCAUGAAAAAGAGCAACGAGAAUAGGGUGCUGGGUAGUGGUUUUGAUUGGGACCUGAAUGAUGACUUUUUACCAGAUAUUAGUGUUUUUUCGGUGAAGGAGCAGCAAAAGAUGCUAAAGAAGGCAAUGAAAGAGCAAGAAAAAAUUAGCAAAGAGGCAGCAAAGAUUGUUAAAUGUGCUAAGCAGUCGUCGUCAAGAAUGAAUAGCUAUGGAAUCGAAGAUGAACUGAGUGAUGAGGAGCGUACAAAAUGAGUAUCGCCACAGCAAUUAUAGUAAAUUGGUAAAUAGGGAGCAUGUUUUUUGCAGUUUAACAUAUAUGUCACAUGAGCUUAUAUAAUGUGUCUCCGUUUUGGGUUUGAAUUUUAUAAGGAUUAUGCUAUGUUGAGAUAUAGAUGGUUUGCUUUGUUAGUUUCCAGUUCAUUGAAGCCAAUAAAGUUGCUAUCUGUUUUCUCUGCA